AUGAUCUAAAAUGAUUAAAAUUUCAAACCUACUGUUCCACAAGGAUCUGUUAUUUUAAGUUAUAAAUAUUUAUGGAUAGUAAUCAAAUAUUAAAGAACUGUCUAAAAAUAUAUGAAACCUUUAGUAUCUAAUUUUGUAAGUUGUUCUCAUAUCCUUAACUUAUUAAUUUACGCAUAGUAUUUGUUUAUAAUGAAUAUAAAUUCAACCUUAUUUCCUAAAUAAUACUGUAGCAUCAUACUUUGA